AUGGUGCAAGCAAGACCUCUUCUUCCAUCACACCUCUUUCUUCUUUCUCUUCUUGUUUUUCUCCUCACAGUUUUUGAUAAUGGAGUUCAAUGCUCUCAAGGGAAGAAAGUCCUUAUCAUGCAGAAAUUUCAGUGGAACCAGGAGAGUAGUAUUUCAACUUGUCUCUCCCAAAAAUCAAGAUGGGAGAAUGGAGCAAACAUAUUGGAAAUGAAGCACAAAGAUUCCUGCUCAGGAAAGAUCUUAGACUGGAACGAGAAGCUUCAAAAACACUUGAUCAUGGAUAACUUUCAGCUUCGAUCACUUCAAUCUAGAAUGAAAAACAUCACUUCUGGCCGAAAUAUUGAUGAUUCAGUGGAUACUCAAAUCCCAUUAACUUCUGGGAUAAGACUUCAGACACUAAACUACAUAGUUACAGUGGAAUUAGGUGGUCGAAAAAUGUCAGUGAUUGUGGACACUGGAAGUGAGUUGAGUUGGGUUCAAUGUCAACCUUGCAAAAGAUGUUAUAAUCAACAAGACCCUGUUUUCAACCCUUCAGCAUCUCCUUCAUUCCAUACAGUUUUAUGUAAUUCAUCAACUUGUCAGUCCCUGCAAUUUGCAACUGGGAAUUCAGGAGUUUGUGGGAGUAACACUCCGAAUUGUAACUAUGUUGUUAACUAUGGUGAUGGGUCCUACACACGAGGUGAGCUAGCUAUGGAACAUCUUAAUUUAGGAAACAGUACUACUGUCAACAACUUCAUAUUUGGCUGUGGUAGGAACAAUCAAGGUUUAUUUGGUGGAGCUUCAGGCCUUGUGGGAUUGGGAAGGAGUGAUCUCUCUUUGAUUUCUCAAACUUCACCCCUGUUUGGAGGAGUUUUCUCCUAUUGUUUGCCUAUAACAGAAGCUGAGGCUUCAGGUUCUCUAGUCAUGGGUGGAAAUUCCUCAGUUUACAAAAACACAACUCCAAUUUCAUACACUAGAAUGAUUCCCAAUCCACUACUGCCCUUCUAUUUUCUCAAUCUAACUAGCAUUACUGUUGGUGGGGUGGCAUUACAAGCGCCAAGUUUUGGUAAAGGCGGAAUUAUGAUUGAUUCUGGGACAGUUAUUACAAGGCUUCCUCCUUCAAUUUACCAGGCACUAAAGGGUGAGUUUGUGAAACAAUUUUCAGGUUUUCCUACUGCACCAGCUUUUCUCAUUUUGGAUACUUGCUUCAACCUUAGUGGAUAUCAAGAGGUUGAGAUUCCAAACAUAAAAAUGCACUUUGAGGGAAAUGCUGAGCUCAAUGUGGAUGUAACUGGGGUUUUCUAUUUUGUUAAGACUGAUGCAUCUCAGGUCUGCUUGGCUAUUGCAAGUCUCUCGUAUGAAAACGAAGUUGCUAUAAUUGGGAAUCAACAACAGAAAAACCAGAGGGUUAUAUACGAUACCAAGAGGUCUAUGAUGGGAUUUGCUGGAGAAGCUUGUAGUUUCGAUUAG